AUGGACCAAGACCCAUACAUUGCUCAAGCAAUUGCUAUACCAGAAUUGACCCAAAGACACCAGACUGACCUCCCAUCAUCAGCGACAAUCACCAACAAUGAUACGAAUACGAUAAUUCACAAUACGAAUGUCGGAGCAGUCGUGUCUCGCAUUGAGGGCAUCCUCGAGCAAAUCAUUGACGCUUUAGCUGCAGGCCAAGAACUGUCGAUUGCCUUUUCUACCAGGAAGCCCUCUCGUCAGGCUUCCAAUGCCACCCCGGAGCAGGUUCACUUCCCUGGUCGCAACAAGCAAGAGGCCACCAAGUUUGCGCGCAUUCUUCUCAUACUUCAGCUUUCACAUGACGCUCUUGUAUCUGGCACAGUCCUCACCAAGCGCCAUAUCUUCUACCAACACCAAGAUCUCUUCGAGAAGCAAAGAGAGGUAGACGAUCUUGUUGACGAUAUCGCUUUCACUCUUGGUAUCAGUCGUGGAAACUUGAACAUUGUCGCAGCUUCAAAGGGUGUACUGGCUGGGCCGCUUACCAUAGGUCUCUAUGACGGCAGUACACUGAACCCUUGUUUGGGGGACCUGGCCGUCUUCAGAUCACUCUGCUCCUCUCAAUUCUGGAGGGUGUCUCUGUCUGGCCCCGGUGUACUUGUCACUGCAAAAGGGUAUCCAGAUCUAACCACUCGUUCAUUCCUAAACCUUGUCAGCACGAGGUAUCCCCAGCUACCAAUUCUGGGGCUAUUCGACUUCGACCCUGAUGGAGUCAAGAUUAUGCGGUGCUACCGAUAUGGAUCCGACAGACUAAGCCAUGAAGCUGAUCUCGGCACUGAAACACUGCAGUGGCUUGGUAUCAAGUCAACACAUCUCUUUCGGGAUUAUGCCAGUGAUUCGGCGACCAUCACUUCCAGUCAGUCUUCGCCAUCAUCCAUCACCUCUACCUCAUGUCGAAACCCUGUCUCCUACAUGAGUGCACGAGAACGAAGCGCAGCGAUCUCAACACUCAAAAAGGUCGUUCAUCCGUCGCAUCUUGAUACUGAAGUGUCAGAAACAAAACAUGAGCUACAAUUGAUGCUCGUUCUUGGAGUCAAGGCUGAGAUCGAGUGGCUGGAUGAAUCUGGAGAUCUAUUUUCAUGGCUCGAUGACGAGAUUGGCGAAGCAUUGAUCAGUGAUAUGAUUUGA